AUGGAUCGACUUAACCAGGACGCACUUCGAAACCUGAGUCUCCGCGAUCGUAGCGGUGGCAGCAGCUGGGGGAGCAGCCGACCACGAAGCCCUUCCGAGGCCAGCUCGGACUGCACCGUCAUCAGCGACGGGCCGCCCGCGCUCGAGAGACUUCGGAGGGCAGAACUGGAGGAGUUCGGCCCCGAAAGAGUGGCACGGGCUAGAAUUGCGGAAGCCCAUGUCCAAGAGCAACUCAGGCUCGGACCCGAGGCCUUCGCUGCCCAGUGGGGUAGGACUCCGGGCUCCGCUGCCGGCUCGACCGCGAGCUGGGCGAAUGACGUGCCGGCCAGCUACCCCGAUCCGCGGAGUGGAAGCCGCAGUGUAGCCGGAGGCCAUGCCCGUCCCCACUACGGAAGCAGCGUGGUCGGCAGCGUGACUGAAAGUGUCACCAGCGGUGUGUCGAGCAGACACCCUAUUCUUUCUGGAUACGGAGACCCAACGGCCCCUAACGGAAGCUCGCAUCCCAAGAAGCCAAGCAGCUCGUACACCUUGCCCGCCAAUGGGGGGAGCCAAACCAAGGCAUUCUGGCCCGCAAUCAAGCACCUUCUCACUUCCGAGGCGGUCCUUGACGAAUACACUCUUCCGUGUCCCCGUUGUUCCAUUGCGAUGAGCGCCGCGGAGCCCGGCACUCAGCACCGCGCCAUGAUCCUCUGCUGCGGUCAUAUGCUGUGCGAGGGCUGCGUCACCGGCAUCGCGGCCAACGAGAGACAGUGCCCGUUCUGCGCGGUGCCUGUGGGCAAGUACAUGGACUGCGCCGGGAGCUGCAAGAACCCCGGGAUGAUGGGCCUUGGUCUGCCUAGCACCAUGGACGAGCUCAGGAGGUUCCCGCGCACCAUCUCCGAGGGGGCCUCGCUGCCCGGUUGCUGUCCCAAGUGCCGCAUCCUGCGCAUCGAGAGGGACACCAGGAAGCUGGUCCGCCACAUCCUCAACGACGCCAGAGCCCGGUCCGUGUGGAACCCGUCAAACGAUCACAAGCUCGACAACAAAGAUUACAGUGACUAUGUCAGGGUUCCCGAGCUGGACCGCUUCCUGGCGAUCCUUAGAGACACGACUCACAGUACCGAGAUUCAUAGGCACUACACAUGGCUGCAGCCGGACCACCGCAACAACUACGCGCAAGUCUGGGCCGAGAAGCGCGACUACACCCGCCCUCGCCCGGGUCACGGCUGA